AUUGCUAGCUUACUACUAUAUAUAUUACAUCGAAUAGGAUAAGUAGUGAAAGGAGAUUGGGGUUAAACAAAAGGAGCUGAACCAAUGGGCAGAAAACCAUGCUGUUUCAAAGAGGGAGUUAAUAGAGGAGCAUGGUCUUUGCAGGAAGAUAAAAUCUUGACCAACUACAUUGAACUCCAUGGUGAAGGCAAAUGGAGAUCCCUUCCUCAAAAAGCCUGUUUGAACAGAUGUGGGAAGAGUUGCCGGCUACGAUGGAUGAAUUAUUUGAGGCAAGGUAUUAAGAGAGGCAAUAUUUCUCCUGAAGAGGAGGAUCUUAUCGUUAGACUUCAUCGUCUCCUUGGUAACAGGUGGUCUUUGAUAGCCGGACGGCUUCCGGGGAGAACAGACAACGAGAUCAAGAACUAUUGGAACUCUGUACUAUCAAAAAAGGUGAAUGGCGAUGUAUCAAAGCGAUCAAAUAAGCAAUUAUAUGAAUGUGUAAGCAAGGAGUCUGUAGAAAAUUAUAGAUCGGGUAUUACUACUAAUGUGAUUGCACCUAAGGCCACUCGUUGUACAAAGAUGUUACUCUCACUUGACAAAGGAAAACAUUUGAUGAACGACCAAUGCCAUCCUCCCGCUUCAACCAUAGUGGAUGAUGAUGAAUUGAAGUUGGAAUCUCAUAAUGAGGUUCAUGAAAUGCCUUAUGUAGAGGAUGAACCUUUGAUUGACAAUGUUCUAACUAUGCCUAAUGCUUUUGACUACUUAGAUUUCUCACAAACAAGGAUAAACGACAUAUUUGAGAAGAGUAACAUGCUUGAAACUGAUCUUGCACCCAUGUUUGAAAUGGAGUUCGAGAACCUGGCCUCUUUGCUUGGAUUGGAAGAUGAAUGGAGAGAUGUGUAGA